CACUGCACCUGUUCCUGGUUGUGUGCAGAACUCUUUCAGGCUUCUGACUUGCCGUUUGUAAGUUUUGUUUUGUGGACAGGAUGCCCCGGUGUCCGCCUACUUACGCAGAGUUCUUCUUUGAUCCUCUGACUGAAGAUGUGGAGGAGCUUCUGGGUCGUUUCCAGCACAGAGACUCAGUCCGGUAUGAGGUGUUCUCAUCCAUCUGGAGGGAGAUGGGCUUCUCAGAUGUGUUCUUUGGGAUACCAAGCAUGAAUGAAAUGAAGAGGUUCUGCAGAGUCACUUUGGCCACAGCUGUGAAGUAUUUCUUACCUCCUUACAGCUUCCAGAUCAGAGUUGGAGGUUUGUACCUGAUGUUUGGAUUUUAUCACACACAACUCGCCAUACCACCCCUGAAGAUCAGAUUGGCUCUGAAGGACUGGAGUGACGUACAGAAGUUCCUCAAAGAAUCUGUCGCCUCCGGGCACUAUGAUGUUGUUUAUAUUUACCAAAAGCUUGUGUUCUCCAAAGCUUUUCACUACACAGCCAUGCCACAUCUGCUGAGCUUCCAAAAACAGAGAAAGAAGAAGAAGAAUGAAGUGUGUGCAGGCUUUUUGGGAAGGACCACUGCAAUCCAGGAGCUUCUUUCUGCAGAAAUCUUUGAUGAGAUGGCCAAUAUUCAGAACCACUAUGAGAAGAUGAAAACCACUUCAGAGGAGGUCAAGGCCAAGCAGAUCUCCAUGACCCAUCAGGACUUUGUGACCGGCCUUAAGGACUGCAUGUCAGCCUUCAUCAGUUGGCAGCAGAAGACCUUCUCACAAGAUGAUAACAAAGACAAGAACUCAGAUGAGGAUGAGGAUGAGGAAAAGGCAGCUGGGGCUCAGUGCAGCAGCAGGGCCAGACUCCUGUCCUCCAUCAAACAGAAGAGCUACAGCCAGUUCCAGGAGGCGUCCAGGUCCAGAAGGCACCGCCAGCCAGAGGCCAUGGAGGAUGCCAGCUCAGGGCCAGAACAGGUUCAGAAGGCCGCCAAUAUGCAGAGCAGGAAGCCUUCCCUGAGGGCUCGGACCCACAAGAACCUCAGGGUGACUCAGGACAAGAAAAGGAUCAAUAACUGGCUCCUGACUGCUCCAGAGCUGGGGGGGUCAGUUAGGAGGUGA